AUGGCCUAUAAUGGUCUUCAUUACGACAUAUUAUCAAAUUAUAGUAAUACAUACUUUCUCAAGCGAGAAGAAGCAAGUUCACCAUAUCUGUAUGUUACUCACGUCAUUCAACCUGAUGAUACCAAUCUGAUUUUACGCGAAUGCGUUUACUAUAUAAGUCAACUUGCUAUUAAUGAUAAUGCCGAUAUAUGUUUACCUC